AUUUCACUUUUUGUGACUUACAUGAAUUCACUGAAACUCGACUUAUUGAAAGGCCUGUCAGAUGUGACCAAAACCGUGGACUCUUUGGACCGAAACAUCGAUUCAGUGGUGAGUCAAAGCCAACUGAAGGCGAUGUCCCGCAAAAGGGGUCAGAAAUGGGUUCGCGAAACACUUUCGUCAGGAAACCGGAUAACAGAGAGUAUGCGACAUGGCGAUGUCCCGCAAAAGGGGUCAGAAAUGGGUUCGCGAAACACUUUCGUCAGGAAACCGGAUAACAGAGAGUAUGCGACACUAUAUAGCGAUCGUAACGACAGUCUCAUUGAAGCCAAUGUCAACGAAAACGACGGCUCGUCUAAUGUGGAAAUAUUUGCCGAUUCUUACGGCAAAGAAGACCCCAAAGUCUAUCUCAUUAAAGACGACUAG